AUGUCGAGUGCGGUCCCCACAACCCCAACAAUCUCAGUGUGCGUCCCGGGAAAGAUCACCUUCGGCUCAUCCACUGGCCCAGUCCCACCAGAGGCGCUAAGCGCUCUUUCUGCUGUCGGAACGCUGUCGUUUUCUCGCUUCGGCAUCGACUGGAAGGAGACCUCCCUUGAGCACGUAUUCAAAAUGGACGUUCCUGGAAUCAAGAAGGAUGCCGUCAGCGUUGCCCUAGAAGACGGCAGGGUCCUCCAUAUCAGUGGCGAGAGGAAACGCGAACUCCAUGAGAAGAUCGACAAGUGGCACCGUGAGGAGCGCAGCAACGGCCAGUUUGAUCGCAAGUUCACUCUCCCUAACAAUGCCAACGUGGAUGAGAUUAAGGCUGCAAUGGAGGACGGGGUUCUCACCGUCACUAUGCCAAAGGUUGAAUUCCACGACAAGAAUGUUAUCAGAACCAUCGACAUUUCUUCUUGA